AUGUAUCUACUCACUGCCCUAUCACUAGGGACGCUGGCUCUCAGCGCGCAUGGCUUUCUCAUUCCUGGAGAUAUCGAAAGUCUAGACACCAAGGCAACAAAUCCCUCCAUUACAGCCGAAAAAGAUGUGUUGGUAUCAGUUGAUUGUACAUCGUGUCCCUACGCCCUGAACAGCGAGAGAAACGGUGGUCACGAAUGGACAAAUGAUAUUGCGAGUGAUUUGGAAUUCAAGAUCGACUCGGACGGGAACACUCUUCGAUUGAAUGGAGUUCCUUUCUACCCGAUCCAGACACCAGGCCUCCCGCCACAGCUUCACGUCUCACAGAAGAAGAAGGAAGGUGAAGAGCUGACAAUGGAGGGAUUCCAAGGCAAUCUGAGGAUGAGUUACAGUCUGGAGUACGAAGAGAAGAGGGCGGACGAUGGCAAUAGCCUCCUCACCGUUGUCAUGACGAUCAUGGCACUAGAUGGCCAAAUGGUCCGCAUCGACGACGUGGUGAUCAAGACUAUAAAGGAUCAAGAUGGCAAGGUAUGGACUCUCGCCCAUCCUCAUCAUGCGACGGCCACUGACAUCAAAUUCAAGCUUCUACUCCAUUCGGCCAACACCCAACCCACUACGGCAUCCGACGCCAAGUGUGAGAAUAUCCUUUGCAGGGUGUUCUCGAAGAUCAUCACCAGCAUCCAGAAAGCCAAGGAAGCCACAAAGACGAAGGUGAAGAGCACCUGCAACAAAGUCAAAUGUAUUUGCCAGAAAUGUUGGCAAGCUGUUACCGGGAAGUUCAAGCAUAUCCAUCCAGCGGCACCCAAAACUCCAGAGGAGCCUGCUCAGAUCGACGAAGAUAUGGACAAACUCCCCACUCAUCACAGAUUCCGCCCUGGCAUGUUCGGUGGCCGUCCCCCGCACCGUCAUCACCGCCACCAUCCAGGCUUCUUGCGCCAUAUGGGCCAUGUCAUGUGGAACACCAUGAAGAUGGCAUUCAUGCCCGUAUUAAUCGGUAUUGCUUUUGGCAUGGCAGCUUCCGCUAUCGGUAUGCUUGUUGGUCAACUCGUCGUCUUCUUGUGGAUGAAAUACAGGAAGAAUGAGCAGGUUGUCUAUGUUCCCGUGGACACCGAUGUCAAAGAUUCACUGCCUGCCUAUCAGGAUGUCCCCACUUUGGAGAUUACGGUCGAGAAGGAGGGUGAGGAUCAAGCUUAG